AUGCUCCAGGAGGCCUUCGUCCCCCCGAAGGACCAGUCGCUCUGGCACCCGGACCUCGCCAAAGCCACGCCCGCCAAGCUCUUCAUGAUGUUGGUGGACUAUUCCAAGAACGAGAAGGGCGAGCCGGCGCCAGAUCCCACCGAUGGCGUGAUGUAUGUCAUCACGGAGGUGGCGCAGUACAGCCUGAAGGACUACUUUGCGCUGAAGAGGGAGAAGAACAAGCCCCUGUCACGCGAGUCCAUCAAAGCCUGUGCGCGUGCCAUCCUCCUCGUCGUGGCCGGCUUGCAUGCCAAGGGCCUGGUCCACCUCGACCUAAAGCCCGAGAACCUCAUGAUGUUCAACGGCCGCCUGAAGCUCAUCGACGUGGACGGCUGCGUCCCAAUCGGCAGCGAAGUCUCCAUCAACGACUCCUCCAUCUCCUUCUCCCCGUGCUACUGCGCCCCCGAAUGGGCCAGGUUCUUGACCGAUGAGUCUGAGUCCAAGAUCAUUGCAAACGACAAGCUCGAUGUGUGGAGCAUUGGGAUCACUCUCUGCGAGCUCGUGACGUUGGAUGCAAUCUUGAAGCCCAUGUAUGGCAACUUCCUUCGCAACGGGCACUCCCACCGGGAAGCCGGCUUCCUGUUCAUGGACUGGCUGGGCCAUAUCACCCGGGCGCCAGUCCCCAAGAGCAUCGAACGCUUCGACAAGGAUUUCCAGAAGCUCAUCGUUGAGUCCCUCUUGGUUUGCGACUUCACGAAGAGGAAGUCUUUGGCCCAGUGCCUGUCCGACCCAUACGUGGUGGAGACGGACAAGGGGUCCACGGGGCUUGAGGGCGGCGAGAAGGUGGUGCGACAGGCUCGCCAGCGCUUCGAGGACACGUCAAGCAAGGCGCCUUUGUACAAGGGCACCUUGUGGAAGCUCAAUGCCGACGGCAAGCCGGAGGAUGCCACGCACUGGCUCAAGCGAGACAUGUGGGUCGCCUGCGACGGCUCCCUGUGCUACUUCAGCAUCAAAGAGAACAAGCGCCUGGUGCUCUUGGAUGGUAUCAAGAUGGCAGGUGCCAAGGUCACCUCCCUGCCCAGCUCGGCACGCGACUUUGCUUUCCGUCUGGACUGCAUCAACAGCGACGACCACGAAAAGGACAUCACCAUGUGCUUCUCCGCAGAGACCGAUCAGGAGCAUCAGAAGUGGCGUUCCUUGUUGUCGCAGGCCAGCAACUUGGAUGGCGCGAUGCAGACGAUGCGCCUGGGUGGCGCCGUGGCCGACGAGUUGAAGCAGUUCAGGCUCGCAGUGAAGAAUCGCCGAAUGAAGGUUGGCGAGGACACCAAGGACCAGUUUGCCCCGAUCUUCAAGGCAAAGCUUUGGAAGGUAAAGGCCGAAGGCGACCGCAAGAAGGGAGAGGACUGGUUUGAGCGGGAGAUGUGGAUCGCCAAGAACGGCAGCCUGGUCUACUGGAGCAAGAAGGAAGACCGAGAGCUG